AUGGCUCAGCAAAUUGAAACCCCAGUUCUGAUCGUGGGCGCAGGACCCGCUGGCCUCAUCGCCGCACUCAGCCUCGCAAAACUUGGUAUAGCCUGCACUUUGAUGGAGAGAAAUUUGGAAACAACUCGAUUCCCCAAAAUGAACAUCACAAAUUGCAGAACCAUGGAAAUGUUCAAACGACUUGGAAUUGACGAAAAGCUCAGGGAGAUAGGGGUGGCAACCGAAUACUCGUUUGAUUCACUCUUCAGCUCUGGUCUUUCGGAAGGUGGCGAGGUCAUCACGAAAUGGUGGCGUGAAAGGGUCAAACGACAGAACGACGGCACUCAACCUCGAGAACCCUAUCAGCGCUGCUCGCAAGCCGUUUUCGAGAAGGCCUUUAAGCCAUUGAUCCAGGAGCAGUCGUUGGUAACUUCGUAUUUCGGCCACAAAUUUGAAUCUCUCCAAGAAAAAGACGACUAUGUCCUGUCACGGUUCUCGGUGCUUGGAUUGUCCGAGGAGGUUGUGGUGAAGAGCAAGUAUGUGAUAGGUUGUGAUGGUGCUGGCAGCCGCGUGAGGCAAAGCAUCGACGGGAGCCUUGUUGGAGGUCCAAUCUCUGCAGCAUUUUACCUUGUACAUUUCAGAUCCACCGAUCUGGCCCGACUUCGAAAAUGUGGACAAUUCUGGCACAUCUUUUUCACUAGCGGAGCGGCAGUGAUCGCCCAAAACGAGAUUGACACUUGGACCGUCCAUAAACCCAUUGCGUUGGACGUUGACCACACCAAGUUGGACCCUUACGAGACCAUCGCGGAGGUUUUGGGCGGCUCGACUGGCACUCCUUAUCCCAUCAAGGUGGAUGAAAUCCUGGUCACAAGCUCCUGGCGUCCCAACAUCUGCAUCGCCGACAAGUACCGCUCCGCUGGUGGAAGAAUAUUCUUAAGCGGCGACUCAGCACAUCAGAAUAUUCCGACCGGUGGCUAUGGAUACAACACUGCAGUGGGAGACAGCGUCGAUCUCGCAUGGAAACUUGCCGCUGUGUUGUCUGGAUGGGGAGGGAAGUAUCUUCUUGACUCGUAUGAGAUCGAGCGGCGUCCUGUCGCUGUGCGCAAUAUCGAGUGCUCGGGGUUACAUCGUCAAACCCACGCCACCUACGUGGAGUGGGUGAGGCAGGCCGGUCCACAGACGCUGUUCAUGCAGACAGAUCAAGGGCAAGAGCUCCGUCAACGCAUACGCGACCAUUUACAGCAGAAUGAUGGGGAGAACAAGUUCUUCGGGAUUGAGAUGGGUUACCGGUAUAAUCACUCACCUGUCGUGGUGCCCGACAAUGAAGUGGAUGAACCGGUCUGGAGGGCUGAAGAUUACAUUCCUUCGACUUGGCCAGGAGCACGACCUCCGCAUGUUUUCCUCACUGGCAAUGAGACAAGCAUCUUCGACUUGUUCGGACCCGGGUUCUCGUUGGUUGAUUUCACUCCCGACAGGAAAUUCAUCGAUGCGUUCGAAAGGGAGGCGAUCUCGCAGAACAUUCCCGUGCGCAUGAUCCACCUCCCACACGAGAAGCACGCCCGCGGGUUAUGGGAGCGGGAUGCUGUUCUUGUUCGACCCGACGACAUGGUCGCCUGGCGCGCCAAUGUCGAUGGACUUGUACCCACGAACGUCGCUGCAAUCCUCCGAAUUUCGGCUGGCAGGGAAGUCUCGCUGGAGCUUGGGACGGCCGAAGCAUUCCAGAAGGAACAGACGGCGUUUGUAGACAAGUCUGGGUUUACGGCGACCAUUGGAAACGUCAAACAGGACAAGAUUGAGAAGAUGUCCGUGUGGCAGGUGGCUGUUUAG